GGCGAGCGAGGCGGCUGUCCGGCCGGCUGUCGGCACGCACCCGCUCCCGGCCCAGCCCAGCCCCGCGCCGAGGCCGCCGCCCGCUCGGCGGGGCCCGACGCCAGCGUUCCCGGCGGCCGCUCCAGGGCCGGCCCGCGCGUGCGCCCGGGAGCCGCGCGCCACAGUCCCCGGCGGGGGCCCGGGACCCCUGAGCAGCGCGCAGAGCCCGACGGGCCCGCGGCCGCGAUGCCAGACGAGCUGACGGAGCCCGGGCGCGCCACGCCGGCCCGCGCCUCCUCCUUCCUCAUCGAGAACCUGCUGGCGGCCGAGGCCAAGGGCGCCAGGCGCGCGGCCCAGGGCGGCGGCGGCCGCGAGGACGAGGAGGAGGACGACGACGACCCGGAGGACGAGGACGCGGAGCAGGCGCGGCGGCGGCGGCUGCAGCGGCGGCGGCAGCUGCGUGCGGGCGCGGGGCCCGGCGGGGAGGCGCGGGCGCGGGCGCUGCUAGGGCCGGGCGCACUGGGCCUCGGUCCCCGGCCGCCCCCCGGCCCCGGGCCGCCCUACGCGCUGGGCUGCGGCGCAGCGACGCGCUGGUACCCUCCGGCGCACGGCGGCUACGGCGGCGGCCUCAGUCCGGACACCAGCGACCGGGACUCACCGGAGACCGGCGAGGAGAUGGGCCGAGCGGAGGGUGCCUGGCAGCGGGCCCCCGGGCCUGGAGCCGUGCAGCGAGAGGCGGCGGAGCUAGCGGCGCGGGGCCCAGCGGCCGGCUCGGAAGAGGCGGCCGAGCUGGCCGAGGCCCCCGCGGCGGCGGGCGAGGCGCGCGGCGGAGUCGGCGUAGCUGGCGGUCGCAAGAAGAAGACGCGCACGGUCUUCUCGCGCAGCCAGGUCUUCCAGCUCGAGUCCACUUUCGACCUGAAGCGCUACCUGAGCAGCGCGGAGCGCGCCGGCCUCGCUGCCUCCCUGCAGCUCACCGAGACGCAGGUCAAGAUCUGGUUCCAGAACCGUCGCAACAAGUGGAAACGGCAGCUGGCCGCAGAGCUGGAAGCGGCCAGCCUGUCCCCGCCGGGCGCGCAGCGCCUCGUCCGUGUGCCGGUGCUCUACCACGAGAGCCCUCCGGCCGCAGCCGCCCCCGGCCCCCCGGCUGCCGCGCUGCCCUUCCCGCUAGCUCCCGCCGCGCCCGCGCCGCCACCGCCGCUGCUUGGCUUCUCCGGGGCCCUCGCCUACCCGCUGGCCGCCUUCCCGGCAGCUGCCUCCGUGCCCUUCCUGCGGGCGCAGAUGCCCGGCCUGGUGUGAGCCCCUACCCGCUGGGCCCACUGCCUGGGUCCGCUGGGGACCUCUGGGGCAGCCCAGGGAGCGCGCUGGGGGAGGGCCCCUCUGCGCCAGAUCGCAGGCUGCACAGCAGACCGGAACCCUGUCUUAAACUCGUCCAGAAUGUAACAGAGAUGUCGUCCACCGCGGCACCCAGACAGGCUGGACCUGUGGCAGGGAAGAGGACAUCCAGGAGAGACACUGUGCCCUGCGGCCGGCAGCUCUGGCAGGACAGUCCUCCACUGAGGAGCAAGUUCAGCCACCUCCCACUGCCCCACUGCGGCCAGCCAAUGCCCAGGCCCACUCCACCAAGGCCAAGAGGCUGUCCAAGGUGCUUCAAGGUGACUGCUCCCCAGCACGGCCCCCACCCCACAUACAUGUCCCUUCCCAGGACUGCGCAGGACCCCGACAGCAGGAAGCCUCCAGAGGACUGUGACCAGCCUCAAGGCCUUGGCAGUGGGCCCUGCGGAGGGAGACUCCCAGGGCAAGUGCCCCUGCACAGGGGAAGGGGUGAAGACUGGCCAGUGGCCCCAGUGUCAGAGUGUCCCUUCCACAGAUAGGGCCAGGCUGGGGCUUCUCUCCUGGGCCAUGGCCUCCAGUUCUUCUGGUGAAGACUUUUUUAAAAAAACGAAUCUACUUAUUUGCGUACGGAAUAAAAGGGACGUUU